AUGCAGUACCUUUACGAUGAUACGGUACAACCUUUGCGCUUCUUCACGAAGAUUGUGAUGCGUUGCGUUAACGACGCGUUGGACUACGCAACAGCACCCCAACGCCAUAUACGCGAGAUUACCAAAACAUGUGAUAUCCGACUCGCCAACGAAGCUCCACCUCAAAUUCAGGUUCCAGUGGAAGUUUUGAGUACUUUCGCAUUACCGAAGCUGAUUGUACCUGUCGAAUAUCCGUCCCCACCCAACAGCCCUGCGGGAGUGUCAACCAAGAUUAGUGCCGUCUUUGCUAACAGCGGUGCGCUGGUUUUCGGCUACAUCGAUGGCCACGUGACGCUUGCCGGUGGUUACUUAACGUGUGUUGAAGGGGACCCCAAUUCCAGCUCUGUAGAGCGCGGACAAUUCGAAUCGACAGAAGUUGUAGCUUUAGAUCCUGGCGGUGGGCCCGUGGUGGCGCUUGACGCCGUAAUCGUUUCAAACAUGGAGUGGGCCGUGGCCGUGGGCUACCGUAGAAGUGUUUUUGUACUACUAGUGACCCUGAAGAGGGGCGAGUGCUACUCCAUUUCGCGUCGGCGGAGGUACCAACAGCAGGUGGUGGAAAUUGCAUGUGAAAGCUUUCCCAUGCUAGAAACUGUUAGCUCUCUGAAACUAUCACAUAACGCUGCACACAUUUCAGUGUGCUACAAUAACGAUUCGCGAGUGACGAUUAUAUCGGUUCCACCAUUAAAGAUCCCACGGGAUACUGAUUCGGAGGAAGUGUCUCGUGUCGUUUUGGGCGCCUCAGCACGUGUUGCGUACGCCGAGGGAGCCUUUGGCGGCGGGGGUGUUCGCAUUUUCUACAUCCCUGAUCUGUCACGACAGGGAGUUUCGUUUGGGGUUAAAACUCAGUCACUAGGAACCUUUAGUAACUGCGCAUCAGCGAACAACCUAAGGAAUUCAACCACCGGGAGUUUUGCCAUGCCACCGGCGUCCGGGGACUCAUCGUUCAGCAGGCACUGCAUACUGGGGUUACUGCUGUGGGUAGGUAGUACUGCUUUCUCCCGCUGUCCUCUGCGUCCCUCUAGGAGUGGUACAGAGGGGAAACCGGCCGUGUUGGCAGCUGUUGAUGCUAUAGGGACAGAAAGCAAUGUUGAAAGGCUUGCUGCUUCUGCUUCCAAGUCCAAAGGAACACCGCGAACGUCAGAGAGACAUACUAGGAGAGGCCGGUCGCGCGCUUCGAGCACUGUAAACAUCCCGGGGGAUCAUCUUUCACUUCCCAGCAGCCACAAAAACCUACUUCCUAGUGUCAUUGUCGCUGCAGAAGUGGCCGCUGGGGACAGAUCUCUGGUUGCUGUGGUGUGUGAGAACAGUUGUGUGUAUUUCAUGGAUGCCAGAGGCAUUGCCUCUGUGUGCAACAUCGGGUCACCAUCGUAUUGUCAAAGCCCGUGCGAGCUAGGAGUGACACCCUAUAUUUCUGAUGGUGGUCAUGGUCACGUGCCAUCAGUCACAGUAGCGCUCAAGACAAAAGGCUGCACUACGUUGGCACAUGUGAGAGGACCGCAUUUAGCAAAUUUAAUGAAUUGUGCGACCGCUAAUUCCAUACAUGAGGUCGAUGGUUUGCGUGUAACAGUUCCACUAGGUGACCUCCCACUCUUGUUGCUUAUUUGUGAAGACGCCACUUACCUAUGGGAUGUGCACUACAACCGUGUUGUCGCCAAGAUAGACGACUUGCCACCGUUGCAGCAGGUCGUUACAUACGAGUUGAGGCCAACGAGCCAAACAUCUGGUUUGUAUCAGGGGUUGACAAAACAACAGCAGCUGCAGCGUCAACAACAACAGCAGCAACAACAGCAAAAGCCCCCGUAUGAGGAGCAGGAAAAAGAAGAAGUGUUUUGCGCCGUAUUCACUGACAACGCUGUGUGGUGGCCCACCACAAACGGGUCUGUGGCGUGCUUGACCGUGAAUGGAUUGUUACGUAGCCUCUACCCUACAUUGAUUAAGUACUUUCCUCAAAUGACACCGUAUGCAUUGGCCCAAGUGCUGGAGCGCUUAGCGCCGCGUUAUCGUCAAAAUGAGGAACACAUCGCUGCCCUGGAGCUGCCCGCAGAGGCACCCUGUCAUAUGGGCGCGGGUAAUGUAUUGAGCAACACCCUUUCAUCAGGGAUGGUUUUCCCCUUAGCUGCCCGAUUUCGUUCCAUCCAGCUCUCGAAUUCAGCGCUUGGUCUCGAGGCAGCGGCCACACAAUUUCUUGAGGGAGCGUGUAACUCAUCAGCUCAGAGCAAGGAAGAAGUGGCACGCCUAAUGAACGCUGCACAUUAA